UUUUGCUGAUGGGGGUUUGCGGAUGGUUUUUAAAUCGCAGUGAAAAAUAAGUGAUAAGUGUACGGUUUAUAGUGUUGGAUAAAAACUUUUUCGUUGGAGAAACCGUAUUAGAUUGUGCAUUUAUAUCCAAAUUUAAAGAUAAAGUUACUUUCAGUGGAAAAUAAUGCGCCUAAACGAAAACAUCAUGUUGGUGGGGAGAAACGUAAUGCUGGUGCCCUACGAGAGGAAGCACGUGCAGAAAUACCACCGCUGGAUGCAGGACGAAGAGCUACAGCAACUCACGGCCUCGGAACCCCUGAGCCUGGAGGAGGAAUACCAAAUGCAGCAAAGCUGGCGCGAGGACGACAACAAAUGUACGUUUCUAGUAUUGGACCGGUCGGAGUUCGAAAAAGGUGGAAAUGAAAUCGACUCUCUGGUGGGUGACACUAAUAUAUUUCUUCUUGCUGAAGAGGAACAAGCUUUCAAAACGGGAGAAAUAGAAAUCAUGAUUGCAGAACCAUUAUCCAGGGGAAAGCGCUACGGUUGGGAAUCAACUUUGUUAAUGUUACUCUAUGGUAUCGAUCAGCUAGGAAUUCAACGUUAUAAAGCCAUAACUAAAGACAGCAACACCAAGGCUAUUGGGAUGUUCGGAAAAAUGGGUUUCCAGGAGAUCAAAAGAGUGCCAGUGUUCCAAGAAGUGACCUUCGAAAAACGAGUCGAUCCGGACUGGAUACGGUGGAUCAAACAGGAAGUUUCUCUAGUAAUAAAAUCGUACCGCGAAUAGAUUAAGUUGCUUCUUUUCUUCUUCUUGUCAUAUGUUUAUUUUCGAUUCACUAGUCUUUAGCCUUUCUUUUCUGAUGCCAAAUUUGUUUCGCGGUUUAGUCUCUUGUUUUUAGAUUUAUUAAAUUAUUGUUCCUACCCUACGUAAUUUAGAGCUAUCGAUAAUUUUUACUUUUUUAUUUGAUGAUGAUUAUGAUCUUUUUUUACUACCACUCGCUAAAAUAAAUCUACGUAAACUAAUACCCACUAUAAGAGUAAAUGGCCGACCUUGUCGAUCGAACAUUCGCUAAUUAUUUGGCAGAUUGUAUUAUCCCUUCUGAAGUUUCUCAUUGUUUCUUGUUGUAUUUUAAUCAUUAGACUAUUAGCUACACAGAAGGCAAAUCAUUUAAAUAAAGACAACACAAAGCUACAGCUAUCUGAUGGUUAAUUGCAUUCUUCCCUCACAUACACCAGUGCGGUGACUACUGGCAAAACUACGCAGCUGUCGCAUUUAUGGUGACAUCAUGUGGAGACGACGAUUCACCAAAAAAUUUAAUGAAAAAAUUUGGAAACAGUUUCGCUUUUUCGUGAUGGGAAUUACUGUCAUUUUUCUUGUAUAUUAUUUUAGUCAUUUGAGCGACAGCAAUUCAUGUAAUGUUAGUUUGGUUUUUUAUGCCGUUUAUAGAAAUGUUUGUUUAAUAAAUUAAUUACUUAUACAAAGAAUGCUACCAUCUAAAAUCUUCCUAACAAUGUUCCAAAAUUGCAACCUUAAAGAUUCCAAUGUUCAACGGUAUAUGUUCCGACGUUGUGUGUACAGCUUCUUACAAAUAUUACGAGGAUUGCUAUAUUCUUUUUCUAUUGAUGCGUGUUUUUUUAAAUACUUUACUAUAAAUUGUCUAACUACUUCUUACGGGCUAAAGAUAACUUAGAUAGAUGCUUCACAUGUUAUCAGGAGUAAUGCAAUAUUUUAUGUAUAUGCUUUAAUUCUCAAUAUUCCUUCAAUGCAACAAACGUUUGGAAAAAGUACCGAUAUUUUUGCACACUCAAACUUUCAGGGAAAAAACACAUUUUCACAUUACUUGCACUUAUCGAAACACUCCAAAACACUUUCCUUUUUCAAUCUGAAUUUGAAAAAAACAAUGCUCUCUUGAAAAAAUCUUAGAAUAAUUUUGAAAUCCCAAGAUAAAUAAUUCACUUUUCAAAAAGCUGUAUCAUAAAUUUCAUAAUAAAAUCAGAGUUAUUUCAACGAAUCAAACUGGUCGUAUGUCUCUCGAUUCCUUGUUUUUUCUGGCAAAUAACGGGCAGUGAUCGAAUGUUGUUAUAGUUGUUUGCUAAAGUGUGUUUUUUUUUGCUUCUAUUUCAUGUCUUGUUUUAGCGUUAGAAAAACGUAGCUAAGAAUGAACUUCUUCGGUGCUGAAUAAGUAUGUUUCUCUGUGCAUUUUGUGCAGCAGAUUUAUUCCUGCUAGACGAGCCAUUUUGGCCACCUUCCCUUUUUUGUAAUUGCUUGAUCAUUAACUCGCGCGAGCAAUUAUCAAUCUAGCCACACUUGUUCUCAGUAACAGGAUUUGCUUUGUUGUAGAUGUGUGCAUUGUGAAUAAAUUACUUAAGGUUAAUGUUAAUGCUUUUGUAUUGAUAUCGAUGAUGAAAAAUGAAGCCCGUUCAAAGAAACAAUCUUCAGAAAUUUGCGGGUACUUGGAUUUAGUAAUUCUAGUAAAGUCUGGAGGCAUUUUAUGAACAUUAAAACACAAUUGUACAAAAACAAUUCUGAUUAAUCUAACAUUUAAACUAAUACAUAAUGCGUGUUUGUUCUUAGUCUAAUUCAGAGCAAUUUACAAAUUUCAAUUUAAUUCUAAAUUAACACUAAACAUUACGAUGUAAUACGAUUCAUUUGCAAUCUUAAAUAGUCUAUAAAUCUGAUUUGCGCCGUAAGAUUACGACAGACUCUAACAUAAUCAUGAGGAUAAAUUAGCCCUUAUUUGAACUGAGAAUAAAAUGCUCAGUUUUAGGUCUCUCAAGACAAGUUAUUCUUUUCAGGGAAUCUUUCCCCGAUUCCCAUCGUAACUGUUCUCGAGAAUCCAUCAUGCACCGAACUGAUAGUUGUCUGUUUUAAAUUAGGUAGAAAAAAUAGGUUAUUACCUACCAGUGAAGAUAUUGAUCGAGUUGGUUCCACCACGCUUCCGGAUCAGGCGUGCUGAUACUACAAAAAUGAAUAAAAAAAAUAAUAAUUAGGGGUCUUAAGCAAAACUACCUAAAACCUAAAAAACUUACUGGAACUGUCCUGCGGUGUCAGUGGCUUUUCGAGCACCCUCUGGAUGACUGCCAUCCACUCGUCACGAUCCUGCUCGCUAUGCGACGACAGAUUGUAGGUUCUCUCCGGGGUGAACAACGUAAAACUGAACCCUUGAUCUUUGGCUCCAACCGGGGCUCCUAUCCGAAGGCUGUAUCCAUCAAGCUGAUUCCCGAGAAAGAUUUCACCCUUCGGGUUGGCAUCCAGCGGAUCGUCGUGGUACAUCAGCUUACGAUCAUCCAAAGUGAACCAUCGCCGUUUGUAGCUAUCGGUCGUACGGGGACCGGUUUUCAGCAGCCAUCCUUCGCGGGCGAAAUCGUGUGUCAAAAAAUCUACCAAAUCACUUUCCGAUGCACUAGGGUAGGCAAUCUGUAGCCUAUGCAACUUAGCACAACGGAUAGCCAUGUACCAGUUGUUGAUCUCCUUCGGAUCGUCAUGAUAAACGUAAAUGUGCCGGGUCGUGCCAUCUUUCAUGAAUGUCAAUUGCAGCGAAUUUGGAUUGCCGACCUUGGCAGGAGCGUAAACCACAUUGAGUUCCGUUAUUCUUAGGAUAGCCUUUGGUUCACGUUUCUCCUUCACAAAGUAGCGCAGAGUGUCGUCCGCCUCCGAAAGCACAAACUUGCGCAACUGGUAGCGACUGUCCUCUUUGCCUCGUUUCAUCAGAAAACCUUCCAUGUGGCCGGAAGUGUAGGCCGGUCGUUCGUUCAUG